AUGUCAUCACAAACAUCGUCAUAUUUAUCAAAGUCAAAUACUAAACAACAACAACAGCAACAACAACCUGUUCAACAUCAGGUAGAUGUAGACAAGAUUAAAUCCAGUAGUAAUGGUGAUUCGAACAAAUCACCACAAUCACCACAGUCAGUAGGAUCAGCGGUCGAAACAGUCGUACGAAUGAGAAAUAAUAAACCAUCUCCACCUCAUGAUCAGCAACAGGUAAUAGCAAAUGGUGUAAAAUCGGAAACAAAUGGUACUGUGAAAGAUAGUGCACGUGCUGUUCUACAACGUGGCCUUGAAGUACUAAGUGAAAUUACGCCUGAAGAUGACGGAAGUGAAGGUAAGCAAACUUUAAAAAAUCAAAAAAUUAACUUUCUUGCAGAAAUUCGAAAACUUGAUUCACAACUAGAUCAUUUGAAUCAUUAUAUGGACAAAGUUGAAGAAAGAAUUAAAGCACAUAAUGAAAAAUUAAUGGAUACUUUAAGACAACAACGAGAGGAACGUGAAAAAAGACGUCGUUCAUUUCAUGAGCGUAUCGCAAUGAACCAACAAGAAGAUGAUGAUUUUCAACGGCAAAUUUCAACACUUCUGAAUCGCGUUGGUAUUUCCAAGAAUCGUGCAUCAAUGUACGAAAUUAUUAGUGAAAUGGAAAUUCCCAAAACUAAUGGGUAA